UGUCUAGGAGUCUUGUCGGUUACCUCCCUUGUGGCGCUUGGUUUAAAAACAAGUCACGUGAUUUUUGACUGGGGGAAAUUUGAAACAACAAACAACUGUAACUUGUAAAAAGCAUAUAACGAAGAUCAUUUUAAGUAUCAUUUAGCGAUGCCACCACAACGAGGAAAAACCCCCAGGAAGAAUAAAAAUGGAUCUGGAUCUCAGACAGAACCUGUUGAGGUCUAUUGUCGUAUUCGACCUUUAGAUAAUCCAGAUGAUCCUGUAUGUUUGAAGGCUGUUAAUACUAACACUUGCAUCCUUACGCCACAAGAGAAUGCAAUUGCAAGAAAUGGACAAGUUAAAGAGUUACAAUACCAGUUUCAGUAUGUUUUUGAUGAAUAUACCUCUCAGAAGGCAGUCUAUGACUAUGUUGCCAUGCCUUUGAUGGAAGAUCUCAUUAAAGGAAAAAAUGGCUUGCUGUUCACCUAUGGAAUAACAUCUUCUGGUAAAACCUAUACAAUGACUGGUACCCCAGAUGACCAAGGAUUGAUGCCAAGAUGUCUAGAUGUGCUGUUUAACAGUAUAAGUGGUUUACAGGCCAAGAAAUAUGUUUUCAAACCAGACAGAAUGAAUGGUUUUGAAAUACAGACAGAUGCUGACGCCAUGAUGGAAAGACAGAGAAGGGAAAUACUUCCAGGAUUGACAACUCCUAAAACACCAGGGAGGGGCAGAAACCAUGGAGAGUUUGGAGAGCAUGGACGAAUGAGUGAUCCAACCCGUGUAGAGGAUAUUGAUGAGGGAAAUAUCUAUGCUGUUUUUGUGUCUUACAUAGAAAUCUAUAACAACUAUGUUUAUGAUCUGUUGGAGGAACUACCACAUGACCCAAUUACAGGAUACAAACCACCUCAGUCAAAAAUUUUACGAACUGAUUCUAAUGAUAACAUGUAUGUGAUGAAUUGUGUAGAAGUAGAGAUUAAAAGUCCACAAGAAGCUUUUGAAGUUCUGUAUAAAGGUCAGAAAAGACGUAAAGUAGCCCACACAGCAUUAAAUGCUGAAUCAAGUAGAAGUCAUAGUAUAUUUAAUAUCAGGCUAGUCCAGGCUCCUUUAGAUGCCAAUACAGAUAUGAUAGCACAAGUUCAGGAUCAAGAAAAAAACAUAUGUGUAAGUCAGUUGUCACUUGUAGACUUAGCUGGAAGUGAAAGAACUAACAGAACAAAGAACACAGGAGAAAGAAUGAAGGAAGCUGGAAAUAUUAACCAGUCACUUAUGGUGCUAAGGAAUUGUAUAGAAUUGUUACGAGAAAAUCAGAAAACUGGCCUGGGCAAACUUGUGCCAUACAGAGAUUCCAAGUUAACCCACUUAUUUAAGAACUAUUUUGAUGGUGAUGGUAAAGUAAGAAUGGUUGUUUGUGUCAAUCCAAAGGCAAUCGAGUAUGAUGAAACCAUUCAUGUGAUGAAGUUUGCUGAGAUGACACAAGAAGUCUUAGUUACCAAAUCACAACAGGUUAAGUUUGAAAUAUUAGAAGCACCAAUGAUAAAGAAACCUCCUGUCAUAGAAGAUUAUAUACCUAUGAUGACUUACAGUCUGGGUCCAACCUUUCCAUCUCUAGAGGUAUUACACUGCAGAGAUGAGUAUACUUUAGAUCAACUUUCUGACUUCUUGGAUGAGAGAAACAGACUUAAAGAAAAUCUAAUGAUAGAUUUUAACAGAAAACAGGAUCAGUUCAGAGCUCAGCUUGUUAAAAUUGAGAAAGAAUAUAAUGAGAUGAAAUCUAGAAGUCAUGAUUCACAAUCUGUACUAGAGAAACGUGAAUCCUAUAUACAAAAACUGGAGUCUAGACUUAGGUCAUUAGAGAAACGUCAGGAUGAGACAAGCAGACAGUUUAAGGAAUGUGAAAGAGAAAGGAGAGAAUUAGAAUCAAAGCUUCAAGAUAAGAAUAUGAAGAUCAGACAAGAAAAAACAGAGAAGGAUCGACUAAGAUCUGACUUCAGGAAUCGUCUUGAACAUAAUAACCAACAAUGGGAGAAAAAUUUGCAAAAAGAGAGAAAUAAAAUAGAAAAUGAACUUGAAGGACAGAUAAAUGAGAAACAACAUAAAUUGAAUAUGUUGAGACACAUUGUGAACACUGAAACAGAUAGUGAUACCCCUACUGCACGAUUCCGUACCCCGGCACCAAAGGCAAGGACAUACACAACACCUGGUAAAAUCAUGUCUGCCAGGUCAGAGACAGAUAUGUCGUCUGUGGGAAAGAAUCCAGUACCAACACCAAGGUCAAGGACACAGACUGCAACAGUAACAUCUGCUAGAUCCAUGCAUGGACUCAACAAAGUGGGCACACCUAAAAAUACUCCACAGUAUAAUCCUCGCCAUAGAAGGUCAAGGUCAUCCAAUGCUGAGAUAUGGUUGGAUCACAGACCACCAGGAUCAGUAGAACUUGUUUUUAGAGGGCAUGACUGCACUGUUUUACAACCAAAACUUAAGAAAAAGAAAUCUGUGUCUAAGCUAGAGGUUAAGGAUACUAAGGAGGCCACAAAAUAUAUCCUUACUCAUCAAGAUAUAGAUUCAGCUGGAGAAUUAGAAACAAAACUUAUCAAGGGAAACAUGUUACCAACAGCUGGUGGAGGAACUGCCGUGGUAUUUAAUGAUGUAGAGACUCUAAAACAGAUAUCCCCAGGUAGUAGGAAGAGACGUAGUUCUUGUCCACAGCCUACAGAUUAUGAUGGAGACUGGACAGAUGUGGAAGAUAGAUGUGGAAUUGCCAUUGAAGGUCAUUCUAGAAAGAGAAGUAGAGGAACAGAAAAAGUAUCCAGAGUUUAGAAAUGUGUUGCAUAGACAGAAUGUGAUCAUAACAUAUCCAAAUACAAAGUCUGCAAACGGAAAGAUUAUGUAGAGGACUGCCUUGACGGUUUAAUACUUCAGAAAAAAUUAAUGUAUCCAUUCAUUUAAAAAAAUGAUUCAUAUAAAAUCAUGUUUUCAAUACUGUAUUAGAAAAUUUAAAUGGGGCAUUCAUAGUUUAAAUAUUUCAUUCAAGUUUUUUAUACAUUCUGAUGAAUUGAUAAUGAUGUAGCAUCAUUAGUGACGAUCAUAAAACAAUUUUGUAAAUUUUUUCAUAAUUCAAAAAAUGUAGGUUAUUUCAAUGAAAAAUAUCAACCAUACUAUAGUAUAGAUCCAAAAUAUUUGCCUGGUGUAAGGUUUUUUUCCUCAUUAUCAAGUUGUUCCAAGAAGAUUUGAAAAUUUGUCAAUUGAACAUAUGUCAGAAACACUACAAAUAGGUUACAAUAUGAUUGGUAAUCAGCAUUUUAUUUUUUCCAUAAUUAGAAAAAUCAAAUUAUUCAGGGUUUCUUAUGAUUUAAUGGGUGCUAUUUCUGUAUUUGUUUUGCCUUUUAUUUUUUUUAAUAGUAAAUAAAUGUGUUUGUAUAGUUUUUGUAAGUGUCAAUUUUGUAAAUAGAAUAUUAUGGUCAUAGAUAUUGUGAUAUAAGUUAUAUUUAUAACACUUCUCCACAUUCGUCUUUUGUGAUUAUUUACUUUGUUUUAAAAAAUAUACAUUAACGGUAACCAAAGAGAACCAAAAUCAGCAUAAUUAUGAUUUCUUUUAUUGAAAAAAGCCAAUAAAAGUCAAAAUGUUUUGAACCUUUUCUGGACAUAAUAUUUUUACAGCUUGAUUUUAACCGGAAACGUUUAUAUAUCAUGUAUAUUCAACUAGUUUGCUUCUAUCAUAAUUUAUCUUUGCAAUAAUUAGUUAUAUUCGCUUCUAAUUUUAUCAUUCUAUGUGUAGAACACCCAUUUUAUUUUUAUUGAACAAAGAUUUCUUUCCUCUCAGAUUUUAUGUUUUAAUUUCACAUUUUGUUUCUUUAAAAAAACAUAAAACAUGAUUUUUAUAUCUUUUGCUUUUGACUCUUCCUGCGAAAAUGAAACUAACAAGAAAUCUUCCUAAUUUAGAACACAACAUCCCUACUCAUAUUCUUUAUCUUGUCUCCUAUACUAUUGUCUUUAUGUAAAUAUGUUUAUCAUCAGAUCUGAACCUCUGUAACGUAUAUUGUCACAUAUAUAUGUAAAUAUUGGCUGUCAGUAUUUUUUCACCUUUAUUUUAUGUAUAAAUAUAUGUAAUAAAAUGUAAAUAUAAAA